GUGAGCAAGCUCCCGAGUGACCGCUGGAUGGACGGCCGUUCGCGGCGGUUCCCUUCGAUCGAGACGAGGAGGGCGGAGCGCCGAAUUCGUAAAAUGAAUAUUCAAACAGCACGCUGAGAUGUGGCUGCGAAGCGAACACCUGAGUCGACGGCUCCGAGGUCGUUUGAGCACCGGCGGUGUUUCAGGCUCUAAGGUAUCCAGCAGUCGGGUCCAAGUUGGAGCAGUCAGAAAAAUAUCUGCCAUCGGCAAGGGCAGCCAACGUGUUGGCACUUCGAGCAGAUGUAGUCGGCUAACCCGUUGGAGACACAGAUCUCCAAAUCUUCUCAAAGAAGCAUGUAAAGAAAAUGUUUUACAUUUUGCGAAAUCUCCGCCUAUUAGACGAGAGAGAGGACCUCGUCGAAGAAAAUGCAUAAGACGCUCGAUGGUGACAUCGACUCCAUUGCAUCGAACUGUUCCAAAGGAUGCUACCGUCCCACAAAAAGCCACCAAGGUGUCGAAGGUCAUCGAAGACUCUAAAGAAAAUUGGAACCUCACAGCGCUAUCUCUUUACCCUUCUCCGCUUGGUGUGGAUGAGCCAGUCUGCACCACGACUCCGACGCAGGAUUACAAAUCUCCGAUGCCUACCGUUCCUUCCAUCUCCGAGCUGAUGCCACCUCCACCAGUCGAAGCUUCUCAUCCAGAUCUUUCAUGCUUACUCGAUGACGAAGGCAACCGAAACACUGUUCUUUCUAUUGUAGACAUCCUCUCGCUCCAUUACUCCUCCAUUUGCACUCCGAACGACUCCUCCGAAGACUACUUCAACGCCAUGCAUUCGACCCCGAUCUACGCCGGUCGUACGAGCUACUCUACCGAUAAAUACUUUCCACCGGGGAAGUACAGUUUCGUCGAUGGAAACGAAAACAACAGCGAAGAGCUAUCCAAGCAUCGAUACGCCUCCAUCGAUGUCGAUUCAUCGAGGUACGAAACGGCUUCCAGUUUUUCCAGCACCAAGUACUCCGAUGUUUAUCCUUCGAACUCGAGCCCCACGGGAGACUCCGGUGGAAAUCCACAUUCUUGCUUGGAAUCGGAAGAGACCAAGCCGGAGUAUCAAGAUGUCAAAUAUAUGGAGGUUGGCGGUGAAGAGAUCGUCGAAAGCUGCGACGUCGAUAACAUGGUUGCUCAGGUACAGGAGGACUGGGAACCCUUCGAUCCUUACGUCUUCAUCAAGCACCUUCCACCUCUUACGGCAGCCAUGAGAGCCAGGUGCCCUGCUCUGCCACUGAAGACCAGGAGCAGCCCCGAGUUCAGCUUGGUGUUAGAUCUGGAUGAAACUCUGGUUCACUGCAGUCUUCAGGAACUCUCGGAUGCAGCGUUUCGAUUUCCGGUGGUCUUUCAACAUGUAACCUACACUGUCUUCGUACGUACUCGGCCAUACUUUAGGGAGUUCCUGGAACACGUUUCGUCGCUCUACGAGGUCAUACUUUUCACGGCGAGCAAGAGGGUCUACGCAAACAAACUCAUGAAUCUCCUGGAUCCCACCAGGAAACUCAUCAAAUAUCGGCUCUUUCGAGAACAUUGCGUGUGCGUAAAUGGGAAUUAUAUCAAGGAUCUCUCCAUUCUCGGUAGGGACCUCUCCAAGACGGUCAUCAUCGACAACAGUCCACAAGCUUUUGGCUACCAGUUGGAAAACGGCAUACCUAUUGAAAGCUGGUUUGCCGAUCGUUCGGAUAACGAGUUGAUGAAACUUCUACCGUUUUUAGAAAAUCUAGUACAUUGGGGUGGUGAUGUUAGACCGCACAUAAGGGAACAGUUUCGCCUGUUCAGUUUUCUACCACCGGAUUAACUUAUCCGACAUGCACAAAGAGUCAACGUUGGCUUCGCAUCAAAGAGACGAUUUUCCUUCGCUGUGAAUCACACAUAUAUACACAUACACAAAAUCUCGAUCGUCUUAACAAUAUGAAUAGGAAAAGUUAUGUAGAUUAUGCCGAAGAUGGCAACCCGCCGCGUUGAUAUAUUAACGGUAGUCUUUAAUACGAAGAGCACUUUUGUUUCUCAAAUAAUCUGAGAUUAUUUAAAGGAUUAUUCGUGAUGGACGCAAAUAAAUGAGAUAUACAUCUCGACAUUGAGGAGUAAAACUUCCGAUCAUUUGUAAGCAAUAUUUCGAACUGUUAAGCUGUGCUUGUGAUUGACUGAGCAUUUAUAUAAUGUUAUUUACAUUAAAUAUCUCGAAUUUCUCAAAUGGAGAAAAUGCAUCACAGUUUUCCUCUAAUUAUAAAAGGAAAUUUUUUAUAUCGAUGGAGAAAUUGCUUCUAUGGAACUGAAAUAAAUUUGUAUGGAAAAAAAAAAUUAAUAGUUAUCAAGUCAAGGUAAUGAAGUAAUGUAAUCACUAAAGUUAUUUUUUUUUUUAAACAAUCUCGGAAUAUUUGACAGACUAAAUCGCAACUAUGUACUCUGUUCAAUGAGUGUGUCGAGUCAUUGGGAUUUUGAGGUUUCUACAAACUUUUUACUACUUUUGUUUACAAGGAUCUUCGUAUAAAGACGUAAAUGUAAUUAAAUCUGUCUUCAAGUCACUAAUGGACCAUGCUGAACGUUCGAACGUUGUCCGAAAUUUAGUCAAUAAAUAUUUGGCCCGUUUUACAAUCGA